UUUUCUAUCCAGCUCAAGGACUUGUAAUACGAAACGUCCUGAUAUCAUUAAUUUAUUAUCAAUUAUUAAAACGAUGUACCUAUUUUUCAAAUUAUAUUAUCUAUGGAAGCGUCAUUAUGCUCGGGGUCUGUAUAAGAACAUUCUCCGAAGCUGACGCUGCAUUCUUCUGUAUGACGGCUUCACGCAGCCCCAACACUCCUACAACGCUGCACGGUGUGUUACAGACCCGGGUCCCGCGUUGAGGACCGCGCCGCGCCCGUUGCUUUGAGAGCAGGUCUGAGCAAUGCCGACGCCCACACAGCUGUCUAAACAUCACCGAGCGAGCUGAGAGAGAGAGAGAGAGAGAGCCAGCCCAUGUGCAAGCGCAGCAGAUCUCGUUUCAGUGUUGAAACCACAGAGGCGCUGCACGGCGCGUUUUCAAACACACCGCGCUUCGGACUCCAGCGGCGAUGGCGUGCUGUUCGGCCGGAUGCCUGUUGCUUUUGGUCGCUCACUUGUUUCUCUUCCUCAGUGCAAAUCCCUCGUAUCUUUUCGCUCGGGUCGGACAGCCCGUGACCGUCCCCUGUGUCUUCGAUUGGAAACUCGACUCUACCGAUCAGGUCCGCUGGUUCCGAGACAACGCGAGCGGGGGACUGAGCGAGCUGUCCACUGGUGAAUGCGGAGAUGCGGGCUCCCAAUGCACGGUUAAAAAUGGAGCCGUCUCGCUGACAAUCCACGACCCCCAGAGAAACGAUAGCGGGCGGUAUUACUGCGCUGAAUACAGCAGCAGCUCUCUGAGGUUCUCAAACGGGUCCGUCGUGAUCGUGUCUGGAGGUUCGGAUGAUUCCUCUGUGAAUCGGUCAGUGUCUAUCCUGGCCCCCGCUGUCUCCGGCAGCGCGCUCGAUUCCAAAGCGACCCUGACAUUAGUGUGUCUGAUCCGGGGUCUCUCCUCGCCCUCGGUCCUGGUCCGAUGGUUCAUCUCCGGUAAGCUCACGGCGCAGGGGACGCCGAUCUCCGGGACCAAAGUGAAGGAGGGCGGAGAGGGAGAGGGAGACAGAUACGCCGCUACCAGCCGCCUGACAAUCCCGGUGGAGACGUGGAGAAGCGGGGCGCAGUGCGCAUGCGAGGCGCAAUGGGACCAGGACGCUGCGAUGCUCAGCAGGAAUGUUUCAUACGCUGGGAUUCACGGAGCGGGUCUGGCUGCAGAGCGGUGCCUGGUUCAGUACGGCGUGUUCUCCGGGGUCUCCCUCCUCGCUCUCUCCGCGGCUCUCUGCGGCUGCGCGCUGUGGACCCGCCGCCCCUUCAAACCAGCGUCCACUGAAGACUCCACGUGCGUCACUUACAAACGGGCCCCCGGCGGCGUCCCAAAGAGAGGUGAAGAGGACAGCCUGGUCACCUACGCGAGCUUGGAGUUUGAAUCUCAGAAGAAGAACAGAAAGAAAAGACGCAUAUAAUCAGAAUUAUUCUUAUAAUUAUUAUUAUUAUUAUUAUUAUUAUUAUUAUUAUAAUGAUUCCUUUUUGUAAGCCGUGUCAUUAAACCACGCCCCCCCCGUGCUUGCCACGGUGGGUGAGUAUGACGUCAUGACCAGACCACGCCCCCACCGCCGGUCUUGCUCUCAUGAGUUCAUCAGUAGGUGUUUUGUUUUUCCUUGCGUGCUUGCGAUUUGUAAAGGAUGCAAAGUUCAAAUGAUUAAUAUCUGUUUAU